UAGUUCCAACCGUACCAGCUCGCACCCACGACAGCAUCACAGCAAGAAGAUCAUUGUUGAUACCGGAACUCCUAGCAGGCGGCAGGCUUAUAAAACAUCGCCUUCGAUUGUCACCACUCACCACGCUUCUAAUUUUCCUCCGCCGUUUCUUUCACGUCUGUUGCGCUUGCGCUGCGUGGCAAGAGACGGCGAAGGAAGGAUGGGGAACUGCGGGUUGAAGCCGAAGGCGCUGGGCGACGACGACGCUCCCCCGCCUGCCGAGCCGCCGACGGCACCGGCGACCGGCGCGGAACAGGAGGUGGCGCUGCCGGCGGUGGUGGAAGAGGCACCGGCACCCGCGGAGGAAGCUAGCCGGGACGUCGUGGUCGGGCAACAGAGUGAGGAAGGUACGAGCGCAGCAGCUGAAACGGAAGAACAGGAAGAACCAAAGGAAACAGAGGGCGCGGAACCCCCGAAGGAGAAGGAAACGGUGGCGGAGGAGGCCCCCGCCGCCGGCGCCGAACUUCCGGCGUCCACGCCGGCGACCGUCGCCUGAUAUCAAGUUUUGAAAUGAACGUUUUGUUGUAACAUGGUCCGCUUCAGUUACUUUGGGACAUACAGUAGUUCUUGAGCUGCAUUAUGGCAGCUUUUCUUUUUGCGCUUCCCGGCUUUUGGUGUAUACAUACAGUCGUUUCAUUUUCGUUCUGGAUUGUUGGCUCGGAGGAUAGAAUGGAAUUAUGAAUUGUCGUUCUUUGAUGUA